AGAUGAAGAUUUUUAUUAUUUUCUCCUUUUGCAUGCAGUUAUAGUAGCGAAAUAGAAGUCACUGGUUAUUUUUUACUUCUGGAAAUCAUGAAUUUGAAGAUUGUUGAUGGAUCCAUAGUGAUUUUGUAUUAAAAUUCAGCCAUUUGGAAAAUGAUUGAAUCAAGAACAUUUUCUGUAUCCACUCAAACUCAAAAUGCCUUUAAGGUCAUGCAUGAGUUAAGACUUCGUAACUUAUUAUGUGACAUCAUACUCAGAGUUGAUGGGAAGGAGUUCACUGGACAUAAAGUAGUGUUAUGUGGGUGCAGUCCGUACCUCUGUGCCAUGUUUACAAAUGGAAUGUUGGAAUCAGAAAAAACACAGGUUGAAAUACAAGGACUGGAGUCCUGGGCAAUGGGGGAAUUAAUUGAAUUCAUGUACACGAGUGUGAUUGAGAUAAAUGUGGACAAUGUUCAAGGAAUUCUACAAGGAGCCAGUUUACUAGGAUUGCAUCAACUGAGGAAGAUGUGUGCAACAUUUUUACAGUCUCAACUUACUGCUUCCAAUUGUCUUGGAAUCCAUGGUCUUGCUGAUAUGUAUAUGUGUGGAGAACUAGAAUCUGCCUCAAGACAUUUCAUUAAUCAAAACUUCUUAGAGGUCAUUCACUGUGAAGAAUUCAUGCAGUUGUCAUGUGACCGCCUUAUUACACUGCUCAAAAGUGACAAAAUCCGGGUGAACAAUGAAAACCAAGUUAUGGAGGCAGUGAAUAACUGGAUUCAAUGGGAUCCAGAUAACAGAUAUUCCGAAGCUUGCCGUCCACUCCAACACGUCAAGUUGCCACUGUUAGGUAUUUCUCAAUUAGAAAAUGUAGUUGUGCAAUCAGAAUAUGUGAAGAAUUGCCCCAAGUGUCAGUUGUUGAUUAGCAAAGCUAUUACGACUCUGCACGAUGAGACGUCCUUACAGUUGAUCAGACCGCGUGCCAUGCCCAUAAGUAUAUAUGUCCUUGGAGGUCGAAAUAGUGCCGAUUGUCAGUUACCUAGUACUGAGAGAUACGAUUUCCUCCUAGAUCAGUGGACACAUGUUAGUGAUAUGAACAUAGCCCGUACAGCAGUAGGAGCAUGCAGUAUAGAAGGCAUGCUGUAUGCUGUAGGAGGGGAAUGUGCCUUAGCUGACACUCAGGAGGACACGCUUUACUUACGCUGCGUGGAGUGCUAUGAUCCUGUACUCAGACAGUGGGUCCCUAAACCUGACAUGAAAGUAGCGAGGUCAUUUGUGGCAGUAGCAGCAGUUGGGAAAUACUUGUAUGCAAUUGGUGGGGAGGAUCGUUCCACUAGUUACAGCAUAAUGGAAAAAUACGACAUUAAUUCAGAGAUCUGGUCGUUUGGUCCAAACAUGAAGAGGAAACGAGCUGGAGCAGGGGUGUGUGUAUGUGAUGGCAAGAUCUAUGUAGCAGGAGGAUAUGAUAAGACUCUUCAUAUGGAUCGAGCCAGCGUGGAAUGUUACGACCCCAAUACUGAUGAUUGGACAUUUGUAACGGAAAUGGAGAAAGCUAGAUCAGGUCUGUCUGUGGUCGCCAUUGACCACAACAUCUACAUGAUUGGAGGGCGAUACAAAACAGCUGAUCAGUACUUCGAUGUGGCAGAAAGGUAUAACACUAUUACUAACCAGUGGACCACCCUGUGGUCAAUGAACCAGCCAAGAGCCUGGCCAGGGAUCGCAGUGUACGAUGGAAGAAUUUAUCUGAUUGGAGGAUUUGAUGGCUCGUACAGACUCCGAAGUGCUGAGGUGUAUGACAUUGAUAGAGACAGGUGGUCAUUUAUCAGUAAUAUGUUGGUGGGGAGAGCAGGAUGUGGGGCAGCCAUUGUGUGAGGAACCCCUCCCACUUUCCAUGAUAAACAGAAGAGGUGCUGAUAGCUCCCUAGUCUUGUGGUCUUUUUUGUGAGGAUCCAUUGUGAUAUUUUUACAAACACUCCCAGCACAAAUGUUGUGAUAUAUCAUUUGGGCAUUGGUAGAAUCUUUUCUUAUUCAUUCAAGGCUGUGAUGUAGAAUUAGUAGGGUAAAGAUAUAGGGAAUAUGUCUAGUAAAAUGGGUAGUGUAAUCAGUGCUGUUAAAUGAUAUAUAUGUAUGUAUACUUGUACGUACAGUGCUAGUAGUUCUAAGAUUUACACUAAGAUAUAGUGUAACUUACUUGAUUCAGUUUGACAAUUUUUGUCAGUUGCAAGUGCAUUUUUAUGUUAUUCUCAGAAAUUAUCUACAAUAGUCUUCCAAAGACUUUGGACAGACAUGAUUCUUAUUUUCAAUUUUCCAAUGACUACUGUGAUGAAUAUUGUUUUUUUUUUCACUGAACGUUUUCCAUAUGGAGUUCUCGUUUUGAUGAUGAAAUGCAUACUUUACAUGUAUAUGCUGCAGAAUUGACUGCUUUAUGUUGGGUCUUGGAUUUUAUUUACAUGUAUUGUAUAUGAUGUUGUGGUACUACAUAUAAAAUAUAUUUUCUUUGAUACUUGCCUGAAAUGUUUUGAAUGUACUCUAAGGUAUAUUGUAGAAGAAAGUGAUUUCAUGUGAAGACAAUGUUCUUUUAAUAUUAAAGCAAAGUUUUUACAAUUGAAUUUCUACAGCUUAACAGAUGGAAUAGUUUAAUCAUGUCACUAUUGCCCAAUAGUGAUCCACAACUGUUUUACGAAGUAACCAAUCUUGGAAGAUUUCUUUAGAUGUGGACAUUUCCAGGUGGAUGAAUUGCUUCAAAGCUUACUGUUGUAGUGAGUCGUAUAAUUUCCCAAAGAUCAUUGACUGUUUUUGUUUUACUAUGCUUAAUAAAUGAUAUUGAAACUUU